AUUUCCAUGCGGGCGAUGCUCCGAACCGUGACGACACUCAUCCGGAGUCAUCCUGCAUCACGUGCCAAGCUCGAGCUGUUCUGACUUCUCUUCUGUCCGGGUGAAGAUCACACUGGACAUCGUAUACCAGGUAGAGAGAGAGAUUUGUGUUUUGCAAGAUAUGCUCGGAGUCUCCACUGUCCACCUCACCGCUUUGGUAUCUAUUUUUCACGUCCUCCUCCGGCACCAGCAUACUAGUAGCACUCGUUCGGAAGAAAUAGCUGCCAAUACGACUCCGUAAGGCAGAGCGAAGCGAGCGCAUUGCGGGUAGUCCUGAAGGACCCUUCAGGUCCUUGAUCCGGCGUAGAACAGGCGUGCGAUAUCAAUCAGAUCUCAGUCAGCGUGCUUUGCAAGUGCGUGUGAGGCCGAGGCAAUGGAGAGGCAAGUGCGAUAUGCAGUAGCCCUGGUACUGCUAACGCAAACGGUGUUGUGCUUCGCCCACGCGGGCGGUCGCGAACACUUUGAAUGGAGCGCCAAAAAGGGAGAAGAAGCUGAAAGCGGACGCCGGCGGGCACCGUUCUCCUUCACACUGCCUGAGCUGGGCAGCUUGCCGGACCACCCACGGCUGCGUGUUCGCGACGAGAAGGAGCUGAUCUCCAUCCUGAACUACACGGGCAAUGACCCUGUGGCCGCCAAACUACUGGACGAUAUCUACAGCUAUGGCGACGAGAUUCUGAACACCAAGCCAGCCCUGCGUCCCGCUCCGGGCCCGAGCGGCGUGCUGUCAACCGUCAGAACCGUCCUGGAUCGGGUGUACAUCAUGGCGCUGCUGUUCCGCCUGACCAACAACUGCAACUCGACGUGGUACUACCGCGGCUGGGCCGAGCUGGAGACAGUAGCCAAGUGGAGCGACUGGAACCCGCAGCACUUCCUGGACGUCGGCGAGAUGACGCACGCGGUCGCCAUCGGCUACGAUUGGUUCUACCAAGGUUUGAACUCGAGUCAGCGCAUGUUGCUGGAAGACGCCAUCGUGGAAAAGGGAUUCAAGCCGGCCAUGGCGGCGUUCAAGCAGCACGAGUUCUGGACGUACUACGACUCAAACUGGAACAACGUGUGCAACGGAGGCCUGAUUGUUGGUGCACUGGCGUUGCUGGACAAUGAGCGACACUCUGGAAUCGCCAAGGAGAUGCUUAACAUGUCCAUGCACGCAUUGCCCAACAGCAUGGCGUCGUAUGCUCCACUGGGCGCCUGGCCAGAGGGUCCUGGCUACUGGGCAUAUGCGACGGACUACACGCGCUACGCCAUAUCCAGCCUUCAAACGGCUCUCGGCACGGACAUGGGCCUUGGCGAGUUCACUGGCUUUGCGACAACUGCCGACUUUAACAUCCAACUUCAGGGAACGUCGCUGAUCAACUAUAAUUGGGCCGAUGACAGAGUUGGCGAGCAUCCCAGCGACACAGCUGUGUCAUUCUAUCUGGCUACGCACUAUAACCGACCCGAAGCAGCCUAUCUGCAGCGAGAAAAGCUGAAGACCCGCGACACGAUCUCCGUCAACGAUCUCAUCGACUACACGGACAAAGGCAGUGAAGCUGACUUGGAGAAGCUACCACUUGUCAUGCUGUACUGGAAGAGAAACCUGUUGGUCGCCCGCGGCAGCUGGACCAACCGCACUGCGGCGUUUCUGGGCCUGAAAGGCGGCAACGUAUCCUACCAUCACAGUCACAUGGACCUGGGAUCGUUCGUAUUGGAGAUGGGCGGCGUGCGCUGGGCCAUGGAGCUGGGCAGCGAUAACUACGGCUUGCCGGAGUACUUCGGCGGCAAGCGCUUCACCUACUACCGCCUGCGCAACGUCGGCCACAACACGCUGACGUUUGAUGAUGACAACCAGGGUAGGGAGUCUGCAGCCGAGAUCAUUGCUUACAGCAGCGAUCACAACCAGGGUACGGCGACAGUGGACUUAACCACGGGCUACGCACCAAGCAACCUGACGUCAGUGAAGAGGACGUUCAAGUGGGCGCUUAACAACAACGCUGUGACCAUCGAGGAUGCCAUAACCUACGGCAAGAGCCACGCCAAGACCGUCACGUGGGCGAUGCACACGCGUGCCCGUGCUAUGGUCCACGGGACAAGCGCAGAUCUGACCGACGACCACAGGGAGCUGCACGUCGCCUUCGACAGCGGCGACAAGUGCCCGCAUGCCGAAAUGGCCGUUUCCCCUGUCGACCUGAAGCCACCACAGGACUCCAGCACGGGCAUAUUCAAGCUAACAAUAACAGCCCCGGCAAGUACGUGUAGCAGCAUUGUCGUCCACAUAUCACUGACCAAGUAAACAAUAUGAUGGGUGAUUGAGUAGGGCUGACACUUGACCAUGGACUGAUAGCCUUCAUAAUAUGGUUGUAGUGCUGAGUUCAAGAUAAUUUUCAAAUCCAAGCAAUUGAGAGGUUUGAUAAAAUAUUUUCAUUUGAAGUUUUUGCUUCGAAAUAGAAAUCAACGACUACAUGUAAUGCACAGCGCAAUAUUUCAAUAUCUUCCCCUUGAAGUAGACGAAUCUAGUAAUAAGAAGUAAGAUAUCUUUUUCUCUUG